UAAUAGCUUAGCCACGUUAUUUAGGCCCAUCAUACGCUUGCUAAAAGAUUUAUAUAUCAAUUGAACCAUGGGUUUAACCUUAUCGUCUGUUUUUAAUCGCAUAUUUGGAAAAAAGCAAAUGAGAAUAUUGAUGGUUGGACUUGAUGCCGCAGGAAAGACUACAAUUCUAUAUAAGCUAAAAUUGGGUGAAGUUGUUACCACAAUACCUACAAUUGGUUUUAAUGUGGAAUCUGUUGAGUAUAAAAACAUUUGUUUUACUGUGUGGGAUGUAGGAGGCCAAGAUAAAAUUAGACCAUUAUGGAGGCAUUAUUUUCAAAAUACUCAAGGCCUAAUAUUUGUUAUUGAUAGUAAUGAUAGAGAAAGAAUAGAAGAAGCUCGUGAUGAACUUCAUAAAAUGUCUCAAGAGGAUGAAUUAAAAGAAGCAGUUAUAUUAAUAUUUGCCAACAAACAAGAUCUUCCUAAUGCCUUGACCUGUGCUGAAUUGACAAAUAAGCUAGGGCUAAAUGAAUUGAAAAUGAGAACAUGGUAUAUCCAAGCAACUUGUGCCACCCAAGGAACUGGUUUAUAUGAAGGUUUAGAUUGGUUAUCAAAUGAAUUGUCUAAAAGAUAAAACAAAUAUAUGUUCUAAUAAGAGCCAUGCUCAUACUAUUUACCUGCUUAAUAUUUAUAAGAUGUGAAAUAUAAAAGUCUAUAAUAAAAAUUUAUAUUUGGAUAUACAUUUAAAGAGAUAGAUUUAAAUUCUUAUUUAUUUCCAAUAUUUAUAGAUCAUAAUGACUGAUUGUCAUAAUUAUCUUGAAUUAAAUUUAUAUUCUUUUUUUAAAAAAGUUUAAUUUAAAAAUAUUUUUAAUGAUAUUUUUUCAUUUAAAAAAAAUAACAUAUUUACAGCCAUAUUAAAUUAUUUUUUUUAUCAAAUAUUUGUACAAACAUUUUAAUAGCAAAAUUAAUUAUUUUAAAUCAAUAAUUUUUGAAAGCUGGGCAGCUUCAAUAGCCUACAUUUGAGUCAUUGGAUUAUUUCUUUUUUCUGAAUGCUGUAUAUAUAUAUCAAUCAAUUUUUUUUAUAUCUCAA